CAAUCGGACUUUCAAAACGUACCGUUUGACAGCAGCGACGGCGAUAAUCGCCGGUCAUCGUCGCCGACGAAAGACGCGACAAAAUGGCUGAUCUCACUCUUUCUCCUUUAAUCUCUAAAACCAUCAUUCCCUUUCAUAAAGCUGAAUUUCGUUCUCCUCAAAGUAAACCCAGUAACGCUUCUCAGAGAAUUUGCAGAAACUUAAAUGAACUGAAACAGAUGCAUGCUCAAUCGAUGAAGAAAGGUAUCAAUCAAAAACCCUCUUUUCUGACUAAAUUAAUUGCUCUUUGCGCUGAAAUAAACACUCCUGAAAGCUUAGAAUACGCAACAAAUGCAUUUGAACUUUCCGACAAUCAGAUGAACUCUGUUUAUGCUUUCAAUUCGUUGAUUAGGGCUUACUCUUCUUCUGGACAUAACGAUAAGGGUAUACUCCUUUACGUCCGGUUGAUGAAUGAAAAUCUAAAACCUGACCAUUACACAUUUCCAUUUGUUUUGAGCGCUUGCGCGAAAAGGAAGGAUCUUGCCGAGGGUUUGCAAAUUCAUGGGUCUUUGAUAAAGAUGAGUUUGGAACAUGAUAUGUUUAUACAGAAUUCAUUGAUACAUUUAUACUUUGAAUGUGGAGAGAUUGAGUAUGGACAUAAGGUGUUUGAUAAAAUGUCUGAGAGGAAUGUUGUGUCAUGGACUAGCUUAAUUUGUGGUUUGGCUAGAAGGGGUCUUGAAACAGAGGCAAUUUCACUGUUUUUUGAAAUGGUGCAAACUGGUAUUUCUCCUAAUCAAGUUACAAUGGUAGCUGUAGUUUCUGCUUGUUCAAAAUUGAUGGAUUUGAAUGUAGCCAACAGAAUUUCUGCUUAUAUUUGUGAUUCGAAACUCGAAACCAAUACCAUUUUGGUGAAUGCAUUAGUCGAUAUGUUCUUGAAAUGUGGAGAUAUCGAUCAAGCAAAGAGGUAUUUUGAUGAAUCCCUUGAUAAAAAUUUAGUUCUAUAUAAUACCAUGUUGUCUAAUUAUAUCCAUCAAGGAUUAGAACUAGAAGCUAUUGGUAUUUUAGAUGAAAUGUUGAUAAAGGGACAUCGUCCCGAUAGGAUUACAAUGCUGUCGGCCGUUUAUGCUUCUUCUCGGUUAGGUUAUUUGUCGUUCGGAAGACAAUGCCAUGGGUACGUAGUGAGAAAUGGUUUAGACGAAUCAGAUAGUGUUAGUAAUGCAAUUAUCGAUAUGUACAUUAAGUGUUGUAAACUAGAUUCCGCUAGUAAUGUUUUCGAUCGGAUGCCGAACAAAUCCCUUGUUUCUUGGAACAUUAUCAUCCGCGGUUUAGUCGACGAAGGAUUGUUCGAGGAAGCGGUUGGAUUUUUUCGUGGGAUGCAAAUGGAAGGGUUGAAACCGGACAAGGUAACAAUGGCUAGUGUCGCAUUGGCUUGUGGUUGGUUAGGUUCACUCGACACGGCUAAGUGGAUUUACGGUUUCGUUAUAAAGAACGCGAUUGAAUGCGAUGUGAAGCUAUCGACUUCUCUCGUGAACAUGUUUGCAAAGUGCGGUGAUCCGAGGAAUGCCAUGCGUGUAUUCGAUCGGAUGGUGGAGAAGGACACAUCAGCGUGGACUGCAGCCAUCGGGGCGAUGGCGAUGGAAGGAAAUGGGGCCCGGGCUUUGGAGUUGUUCGAUGAGAUGACGAAAGAAGGGUUUGAACCGGAUGGAGUCACAUUCGUGGAAGUGCUAACCGCAUGUAGCCAUGCCGGUUUAGUUAACGAAGGGAGACAAGUUUUUAGGUUGAUUGAUUUACCUAACGUGUUCCAUUAUGGGUGUAUGGUCGAUUUGCUUGGUCGAGCGGGGUUUCUCGAGGGAGCCCUUGAUGUAAUAAAGAACAUGCCGGUCAAACCGAAUAUUGUGGUAUGGAGGGCUCUGUUGGCUGCGUGUAGGACGCAUAAAAACGACGCAAUCGCGGCCUACGCGGUCGAGAGAAUGAAUGAACGAGAUAACAAAGAUAACGAAAGCGGUGGGCACGUUUUGCUUUCAAAUACGUACGCUGCGGUUGGAAAAUGGGACGAUGUGGCUAGAGUUCGUUUGGAGAUGAAAGAAAAGGGGAUAAGGAAAGCAGUUGGGAAGAGCUCAAUUGAGAUUGGUGGAGUGAAUCACGAGUUUAGUUCGGGGAACGAUUCACACCCGGAAAUGGGAAAUAUCGUCUUGAUGUUGGAGGAGAUGAACAAGAGGCUUGAAGAUGCGGGUUGUUUACCCGACUUGACGAAUGUUAUUGUUGAUGUGGAUGAGGACGAGAAAGCGUUUUUGCUUAGUAGGCAUAGUGAAAAAUUGGCGAUAGCUUUUGGAUUAGUUAGCACAAUUGAGGGAGCGGUUCUUCGUGUUGUAAAGAAUCUCCGUAUAUGUUCGGAUUGCCAUUCUUUCACUAAGAUGGUGUCGAAGAUAUAUGAUAGGGAGAUUGUUAUUCGCGACAAUUAUAGGUUUCAUUUUUUCAAGGAUGGGUCGUGUUCUUGUAACGACUAUUGGUAAUCAUAUCAUAUAUAUUUUUUAGAAAUGUGACUUAC